CCAGGACGGUGGCGCGGAUCCCUCCUCCUCCUCCUCCUCCUCCUUCCACACUGUUAUAAAAAAAACAUCUGAGAGCGGAUUCUCUUUUCUAAUAAUGGACUCUUUUUGAUUCCCAUCUUGAGGACUUCAGGAUGUUUAAGGGAGCAGAGGAAGCUCGUUGUGUGGAUAUCCAGCUGGAAUAUGUUGCAGCACGGACUGUUGGAUUGUGCGUCUUGGAGGGAAUUUAAAAAUUAAAGUCAUGGAGUGAACGUCGCAGCAUCAGUUGAUCCAAUGAUUGAGACCGGCACUCCGAGCAUGUUCGGCAGGACCGAACCGGCCAACUGUACCGUGUGCUGCUGUACGCUGGCCAACAAAAUCUUCAUGGUGCUCUUCAUGGUGCUGCUCAUCUUCGCCAUCUUGUUUGGGAACUUGGUGACUCUGGCUGUGGUUCUUGGGACCAAGCACUUCAAGACAUCUCAGGGUUACCUAAAGGCGUCACUGGCUGUGGCUGAUCUGGCCGUGGGGAUAUUUGUCGUUCCGCUGUCGGUCUAUGCUGAGAUUUCACUCAUGCUGACCGACUCUGCACCAGAGUGGAUUUCAUAUAACUCGCAGUUGGUGAGUUUCCACCCGUGCAACGUCAUCGGACCCAUCUUCGCUGGGUGCACUUUGGUUUCCAUCACGACCAUUUUCCUGCUGACGAUCGAGAGGAGCAUCGCCGUGUUGAGGCCGCUGCACAAAGACUCUGUGAUCACGCGCAAAAGAACCAUGAUCCUCAUCGUCCUGUCCUGGGUGGGGAGCUUCUUCCUGGCCGUGUCUCCGAUGGUUUUCAGCAACGAGAUCGCUCUGGAGUACAACUCCUGCAGCCGGAUGUGUAACUACGCUCUGGCUAUCGGCGAGUUCCCCAGCCAGGCCUGGAACAUCCUCCUCCUCUUCCCCGCGUUCGACUUCACCCUCCUGGGAGGGACCGUGGUCAUCAACAUCAUCUCUCUGUCCAGCAUCCGGCAGCACUCGAGGCGCAGGAAACACCUAGCCGAGUCCGAGUGCCAAAGCACCUCCAAACCCACCUUCUCCGACAUCAAAGCAGCCAAAACAAUAGGGACACUGACCGUGGCGUUUACCGCAUCAUUCACGCCCAUCGCUGUCUUCGUGGUCGGGAACGUUUUGGGGAAUAAAUGGUGCAACUUUUCCUUUUUUGCCUUCUGGAUUUUGGCCUCCAACAGCUGCUGGAAUGUGAUCAUUUACAGUGUGAGGGAUCAGAAGUUCAGACUGAGAGCACACAAACUCCUCAUGCCUUUCCAGAGAAAAGACUUGACCAAAUCCUAAAACAAAAUCAGGGACCAAAGAUCAAGAGAACUGCAUCUUAUAAAUGCUUGUUAAACAAACUCUAACACACUCGCUAAGAGACGUAUCUGCAUGUUUGAUGGAUUGCUGUUGUGGUAUAACAAAGUUUAUUUUGAACAUAGCAUGGAAAGUUUUUAGGUGUUCACAAAUGUUGGAUAUGAACUGCUCCUCUUUGUGA